AUGGAUCGUCUAUCCAUCGAUCCCCAUCAGAACAUCCCCCCAAUUCGGGAUUCGCCUGCUACUUCUCUCCCAGCAAGUCUGCCCGAGGCGAGACACAUCAAGACCAACCCUGCCCGAGCCGGAGAAGAAAAUGCAUCGGUUUACUUUGUUGGAAAUGCUACGACGAUCUUGUCACCAAACUUCCUUCAUGCGGGAGAUCAUGUUCAUCUUGGUCCUGGGGUGACUUCUACGCGUCUAAGAAACCCCGCGGUUGACUUGCACGAACUGCCUCGAAUCGACUUGGUUCUUUUAUCUCAUUAUCACGGAGACCAUUUUGAUGAAAAAGUCGAAGCAUCUCUUCGGCGAGACCUGCCCAUCAUCACCACCAGCCAUGCCAAGUCCAUAUUGACGUCCAAGGGGGCAGACUCCUUCCAGCAAGUGUUCGAUCUCGAGCCAUUUGAGCAGAUGAUGGUCAAUAUCAAAGGCGACAGCUCGCGAACCAAACAACCGCACAUCCGAGUCACUGGAAUGCCAGGCAAACACAUCCCGACCAACAAGGUUGUGGAGAAAUUGAAUGAGUUCGUGGCGGCAAUUCCUCCGACCAACGGAUGGAUGGUUGAAUUAGGCUAUGGCAGCACCCAGACCAUGCAAACCGAUUUCGAGGUCGGCUAUCGCAUCUACAUCUCCGGCGAUACCCUGAUGGUGGAUGAGCUCAAGGAGAUCCCGCGGCGGUUCGAGGGCCAGAAGAUCGACCUGAUGCUUGUCCAUCUUGGAGGCACGACGGUACCUCAUCCGAAGAUGUGGCCGCUGACGAUGAUGGUGACGAUGGAUGCGAAACAGGGCGUGGAGCUGGUGCGCCUGAUCAAGCCUGAUCUGACCAUUCCGAUCCACUUUGAUGAUUACGAUGUGUUUGCGAGCUCGCUGGAGGACUUCAAGAUAGAGAUGCAGAAGGCGGGAUUGGCAGGACAAGUGGUGUAUUUGGAUCGCAAAGAGGCUUAUCGCUUCCAAGUGAGAGCGACCUGA